UUGCGCAUAGCCGUGGAAAAAGGAAUAGGCACAAAAACAAAGUCGUGGAAAUAGAAAGAAAGUCCUGUUCGUCCUUUAACAGGCAAUAGUUAAAUUGUAUAAUGAGCAUCCAUCCGAAGCCAAAGGAUCUGGAGGUCAAAGCGAAUGCCUUGGUCAAUGGAAACGAAACGAAAUUCACCUGCUAGCCAUGUAGAUGCAGUGUAGAUACCCGGAAGAAGAUACAGAUACAGAUACACACACCGCUAGAAGAGCACUCCGUAGCAUAGCCCAACGUAGUCUGCCGCCAUGAAGGUGUUCCGGCUGCGCCUGGUGAAGCUUCUCUUGCUGGGAUUCCUGCUGGCCAACCUGGUCUUCUUCUACUACACCUGGAACACGUUGCUCUGGCGUCGCAUUAGCAGAGCCCUUUCCGGCGAAUCGGCCGCAGCGGAGGAGCCAGAGCCACCGAAAGCGGCCAAGCUGUCGCCGAAGGACAAGGUGCGGAAUGCCAAUAAGCACAUCCGGAAGUCCAUUACCAUCGUGUUCUACGGCCACUACAACUUCGAGCAGGAUCUGCGUGCGAGCAUCGAUAGUAUCUUGGAUGUGAUACCCAAUAUGCCCAUCCUAGUGCUCCAGGAAGGUGGAUCCGACUAUGCCUAUCCACCGGUUGGCUACGAGCGGAAUUUAACAGCCGGAGAGGAGCACACCGUGGUGUUCCAGAGCCUGGCCUUCGAUGUGCGUCGUACGCGGCAGGAGCUGAAUCCCCUGGCCGCCAUCCGGACCAAGUAUGCUCUUCUCAUGCCGGACAGUGUGCGCCUGAGCAGCAAGAACCUGUUACAGAAGAUCCUGCGUGAGAUCAAUUCAAUGGGAUUGCCGGGACAGCCCAAGGAGCAACGUCCACCCGUUCCGCCUGAGGAGAUGGUACGUCGGAUGGUGCUGGUGCCAUUCGCAGGCAACCUUAAGACCUUUAGUACCUGUGUCAGAAUGACCAUGGAUCUGCCCAACUGGACGCUGGAACUAGUGGCCACCAAUGAUAGUCGGCGUUGUGAUUUGUUCCUUCAGAAGCACGCCAUCCUGUUAGAUGUGGCUGCAUUGGGCUCCAUGCCCGAGCCCUUCACCCUGCCAUUCCCGGAGAUGCUCUAUAUGCAGGCUAAGAUUGCCAAUCUGUCGACCACGGUGUUUCCCCAAGCGUUCCAAGAGGGCCGGCGUCUUUUCGCCUCCUUUCACACCAAGCAGCGGAGGAUGGAGUUACGGCGCCGACAGUUCCGGGAAAUGUAAAAGCUGCAGAUCAAGAGGAUCGUUCGGCGGGCGUACCGGGUUCCUGGUAAGGCACAAGCAAGAGAUGUAUGGGGCCAGGGUCACGGUCUGGUGCUUGAUGGCCAGUUCUCCUCGUCCAACACCUCGCUGCCCCUGAUUACCGACAUCGAUCUGUUUGGUUGCGAACGAACCACCAAGUCCUGCAUCGGGAAUGUGUACGGCGGAAGGCCGUUCUACUCUUACCUGGACAAACAUACCCCACCUUGCUGUCUGGAUAAGCUGCGGACAACGUUUAACCACGUCCUGGAGGAGUUUGAGAACGUUGGCAUUCGUUACUGGCUGGACAAUCGGGCGCUCCAAAGCGCCAUCGAAACAAAUCACCUAUCGCCGGACGCCUACGAUAUAGAUAUUAGUUUCAAUGUCCAGGACUUGGAACGAUCCAAUGCAAUGAAGAAGUCGCAGAGCAAGCCGUAUGUGGACAAUGAGGGCUUCUACUGGAUCAAGGCCACCGAUGGCCACUAUUUUCGGGUGCAGUUCUCCAAGCUAAACCAGGUGGGCGUCAAUCUGCUGCCGUAUGAGAUUAGUGGAACGGAAGCGCGAGCCAACGGAUUUUUCGGAUGGAAGGCUACCACCUUCUCGGCGGACUUCCUGCAUCCAAUGUCCACGGUUCUGUUUCUGGGCAAGAGCGUCAUGUGUCCAAACAAUGUUCUCGAGUAUCUGGAGGCUAAGCACAUCAGAGUCAAGUCCGCUGACUUGGAUGCGGAGGAGGAGUGAACUGGACUGGACUAAAACCAAAGGCUAUAUAAGGAAUAAGAUGCCUUCACUUAAGGCAUCUUAUUCAUUAUAUGGUCUUUGUCCCAUGAGCCUGUAAAGAAACCUUGGAAAGCUGAAAUUAUUUAUGUUGUUCUGGAUAAUCUAUUAUCAGAUUAUUAUCUGUGUUGAUAUCCGUGUUUUAAUGAAAUCACGGUCCAGAUGUAUCUUCGGGCCUUUGUGAUUCAAGAUCUCUCAGUCCAGCAAUUCAGCAAUUAUUUUGUUUAACGCCAGACCUUAUGACGGAUUUGACUACAGUUUAAUUAAAUUUUCUAUUUUGUUUUUCUAGCGCAGAUAUAUAUGAUAUUAUACAAUUUUGUGAUCCUUUACAUUGCUUCUAAGUUCCUUUAGUUGGUUGACCUCAACCGGACGUCGAUAGCAAAUUCGUUUAGACUUAUAGGAACAUAAACAUUAACAUAAGACGGAUGAACUACGAUUCUUUUAGAACCAGCAGAUCUAUAUGUGUAAAAUAUAAUACAUACAAUCAGA